AUGAGAGGCACAAGCAGGAAGCUGAUAUCGGCCGGUUAUAGAUCUCUCUCGGGGAACCGCGUGCAUGUUUAUUGCUUUGAUCGGAAUUUGGAUCUCGUUCCUUUGGAGAAUCAGCUCGAGAUCUUCCUUCAGCUAAAGCCUGGAUUGAGUGCGUAUCUUAAUGAUCCAAGGCAAUCAGCAAACUCUUUGGUGACUCCGCUUGAUAAAGCAGAGGACUCUGUUCCUAGUGAGCUGCGUCCCUUGACUCCUGUUAGAGUUGAAGCUACUGCUGGUUUGAGGGCUUUGGGUCAUGAAGCUUCUGAAAACAUUUUGCAAGCAGUUAGGGAGCUUCUGAAAGAUCGAAGCAGGUUGAAGACUGAGGCAAAUGCAGUUUCUGUUCUGGAUGGUACUCAGGGAGGUUCUUACCAGUGGGAGAAAGGGAUAGAAACUUUCCAGAAGUCCCUUUCUGAAGGAAAAGUCAAGCAAGUUUUCUUCUUUGAUCGUGAUGAGUUAUUGGUGAACAAAAUGGCUUGCCUUCUUUACUUGUCCUCUUGUUCAAGUCCCUACUUUCAAGGAAAGACUCAGCUUGGCUUGACUAUCAGCAAAGACAGUUCUAGUAAAGAAUGUUUAUUCCAGAUGCGGCUUGUCCUAGAAUUUAUGUUCGAGAAAUUGCAAGACCCAGAAUUUGCAUUUGCUGUGUCACUUGAACCAAGAAAUAAUGUUUCAGUUGGCAUUCAGCAAGAUCUGCAGGAGCUUAUGAAGGGCUGUAUACGUCUCCUACAAGCUGUUGAUUCAACAAAGGAGAAAGAUGUGACUUCUGCAGUUAGAAAGGAAAUCAGAAUGCGUAUUCAUGAUGUCUUGAUGACUGUUACAUGAGUUAUGGAUCUGUCUAUAUAGGGUUGUUACUAGCUUGCUUCAGCAGCAGUCAGAUCGUAAUGGGACGAGAAAGGUGCUUGGGCACCGAAAAGAGGAAAUCCUUGGUUGAACCUGGACGAGGCGGCUGUUGAAGCUUUCGGGAAGAUGUGCGAGGAAAUCGUCAAUGUAAUUGUUGAGACAGAUGACGAGUCAGGUGUUCCAGCUCAACGAGCUGCCAUUUCUACACUGGAAGUUUUUGCUAGCAGGCUUCCCUCUGGUCAUCCGAUCUUCAGCAAGUGUCUUGCAUCUGUUGUAGAAGGCAUCAGCUCAAAGAAUCCUGGAGUUUCUUCAAGCUGUCUUCGUACGACCUGACACACGCCACCGGAUGACAGGACGGAAUAGGCCAAGACUCCUACUGCGGCACCGAACCUGCUCGCUGACAACGCGCCGAUUACUUUAGCAAGUCAGAGAGUAAUCAUAACAUAUUCGCAAAACACACAACUAAAAUCUAUAAAAAGAGAAGAAGGGAGUGUGAAGAGAGGAGGAGGAAAAACAGAGAGAGAAUCACUAGAAAGAUAAAGUAGAGAAAACCCGAGUUUGUCUUUACGACUACGAGUUCCUAUUCUGUAACUUCAGAUUCGGCACUUUGUAAACACUUCAUUAACGAAAUCUUUGGCCCCGUUAACCAUACUUUAUUCUUGUUUAGUCUAUAAAUCCCUUUUAUCGGAUUUAGGAUUCAACACCACAUUUUUAAUUUCUUUUGCUUUUGUCA